AUUUUCAAAUGCACUCCAACUUUUGCAGUUUUGUGCUCAGCAUCAAUCAUGGGCUUUUAUCAAUCUCAAAAAUGUUUCCGCAUACUUCAAAUUUCAUGGCAAAAUCUGUUCAGUGCCACUUUUCAAUGAGACGGAAAUACUUCUCUUAGCUGAGUUAGCUCUUUCUCAUCUUCUGUUCUUGAAAAAUAAUCCAUUUACCAAAAAAAUCACUAUCCAUGAGGAGUAGAAUUCUUGGUUUCAUGACUCUGUUUUUGUCUCUCAUAGACCUUUCAACAGCUUUCGUUCCCCAAGACAAUUACCUCAUCAACUGUGGAUCAGAUAGAGACGCCAUAGUGGAGAACAGAAACUUUCUUGGGGAUUCUGAAAAGCCAGGCUUUUUCCAAGGUAAAUCAGUUGUAGUGAAAAACCAGAGAAGCUUUACUUCCAAUAUAUCUUUUCUCUACAGUACAGCUAGAGUUUUCACAUCUGCCUCUGCGAAGUAUUCAUUUAACGUCAAGAAAUUAGGCACCCAUUUGGUGCGUUUACAUUUCUCUCCUUUUAUUUUUGAGAAUUACAACCUCCACAAGGCAAAUUUCAGUGUUUCAGCUAAUGGGGUUUCACUGUUGAGGGAUUUCAGUGUUGGCUCUAAUAAUAGUGUGCUUAAAGAGUUCGUUUUGAUGGUUGACAAGGUAGAGCUUUCAAUCUUGUUUACACCAACGCGUGAUUUUGGGUUUGUUAAUGCAAUUGAAGUGCUCUCUGUUCCUGUGGAUCUUAUUCUUGAUCCCGGGAUAAAAUUGGUUAGCCCCGAUGGAGUUCUGGAGUUUAAUCAGAAUGUCACUUUGCAAACCCUAGAAACUGUUUACAGGGUUAACGUUGGAGGACCACAAAUAACACCUUUCAAUGACACCCUAUGGAGAACGUGGAUUCCAGAUGAAGACUUUCUAGUCUUCAAAUCUGCUGCUAAACUUGCUAGGAUUAGUCAUGCACCCAAUUACCGUAAGGGCGGGGCCACGAAAGAGAUUGCCCCCAAUAAUGUCUACAUGACUGCACAACAGAUGGAUUGGGAAAGGGCAACUUCCGAUUUUAUGUUCAAUAUAACAUGGGAUUUUCCCAUAGGUAUUGCACCUGAGGAAGAUACCAUACACUAUUUUGUUCGGUUGCAUUUCUGUGACAUUGUUAGUUCAGCUCCUAACCAAUUAUAUUUCAAUGUGUACAUCAAUGAAGUCAUGGCGUAUAAAGAUCUUGACUUGUCUGCACUUACCUUCCACGUUCUUGCAUCACCUUAUUAUCUUGAUUUUGUUGUUGUGAACAAAGCUAGUAGUGGUAUUUUACAUAUCAGUGUUGGCCCAUCCGAUCUCAGCGGUGUUUUAAGGAAAAACGCUAUCUUGAAUGGAGUAGAGAUUAUGAAGAUGUUGAAUGUUGUCUCUCCUGCGGGAGCUAGAGGGUAUAAGUGGAGAAAUAUUUGGGUUUUAAUUGUUUCUCUUGUUGGUGGAGUGGUGGGAUUGAUGGUCAGCUUAGCAUUCUUCACCAUCUUGAUAAUAUCUAAAUGUAGAAAAAAGAAACCAAAACCAAAGCGAACAGAGAAUGCUGAUUGGACCCCUAUACAACGACAUGGAAGAAGUUUUCCUAAUACAUUGCCGGAAGGGACUGACCUUGUUUCCUCAGGCUCAAAUGGAUAUCAGGGGUUGAGAAUUCCUUUUGCAGACAUACAAUCAGCGACAAACAACUUUAAUAAGAGUCUGAUUGUUGGUACAGGUGGGUUUGGCAUGGUAUACAAAGGAGUUUUAAGUAAAGAUAACAACAGAAAGGUCGCAGUCAAACGGUGCAUGCCAGGUUCCAAACAAGGCCUCCCUGAAUUCCACACUGAAAUCUCAGUUCUUUCUAAGAUUCGACACUGCCAUCUUGUUUCACUUGUUGGUUAUUGCGAAGAGCAGUCCGAAAUGAUUCUUGUUUACGAGUAUGUUGAGAACGGAGCUUUAAAGAAGUACUUGUAUGGCAACAAUCACUUACCACCAUUGUCUUGGAAGCAAAGGGUGGAGAUAUGCAUUGGAGCAGCAAGAGGGCUUCACUACCUCCAUACUGGUUUUUCACAAGGGAUUAUCCACCGUGACAUAAAAUCAACAAACAUUCUGCUUGAUGAAAAUUUCGUCGCUAAAGUUGCUGACUUUGGCCUCUCAAGGUCUGGUCCAUGCCUUGAUGAGACACAUGUCAGCACUGGUGUUAAAGGGAGUUUUGGGUAUCUUGAUCCUGAAUAUUAUCGGAGACAGCAACUGACGGAUAAAUCAGAUGUUUACUCAUUUGGGGUUGUGCUUUUUGAAGUUUUAUGUGCACGCCCCGCGAUCGACCCUUUGCUCGAGAGGGAGCAUGUCAAUUUAGGUGAGUGGGCCAUGCAGUGGCAGAAAAGAGGUCAGCUGGAUCAAAUCAUUGACCCAAACCUUAGAGGUCAGAUAAAACCGAGUGCCUUAAGAAAAUUUGGCGAGACAGCUGUGAAGUGUUUGGCUGACUACGGGGUUGAUAGGCCAACGAUGGGAGGUGUCUUGUGGAACUUGGAAUAUGUGCUUCAGCUUCAAGAGAAUGAAUCUGAUGAAGCCCAUCUUCCAAGUUCUAUAGAGAACCCGCCACCAUUAAGAGCUUAUUCCGCUUCUAGCAGCUUAGCAGAUCAUGGUGAUGCUGCUUCCGACAUAUCUACCAGCCAGGUGUUUUCCCAGUUACUUACCCAUGAAGGUAGGUAAAGUAUUGCUUCAAACACCAAAUACCAUCAAUCCCAUUGCGACGAUGCUACUCAGGUAUAUUUAUCAACAUGUAUAAUAAAAGUUUAAGGCUAGAUUUAUGUUUAUAAAAAUAUACACAUGUAUGUUCUGCGGGUGUUAAUAGAGAUCUUUUUUGGCAAAUUGUGGUAUACGCUUUGCGAGAUAAAGCGUGGUUGUAUUGUGAUGAGUUGUGGCAUUAGAUAUUCUGUAAUUUUAUGGACAAAAAUAUAUGUUUGUGGUCAA